AAUGGCGGGUGCGGAGCGGUGAGGGGCAGCCAGCGAGAAAGAACGAGGGCGGCAGAGGCGCAGCUCGGGGGGCGCGGAGGUCGUGAAAGGCAGCUGAAUUGUGUUAGGUGUACUCUACCUGGGCCAUGUCCUCUAUAUUGCCCUUCACCCCACCGGUUGUGAAGAGACUCUUAGGGUGGAAGAAAUCUGCUGGUGGCUCAGGCGGUGCUGGUGGAGGUGAGCAGAAUGGGCAGGAAGAAAAGUGGUGCGAAAAAGCAGUGAAAAGUUUGGUCAAGAAGCUCAAGAAGACGGGACAACUGGAUGAGCUUGAAAAAGCAAUCACUACCCAGAACUGCAAUACAAAAUGUGUCACAAUACCAAGCACUUGCUCUGAAAUUUGGGGACUGAGUACACCAAAUACGAUAGAUCAGUGGGAUACCACAGGCCUAUACAGCUUCUCUGAACAAACCAGGUCUCUUGAUGGCCGCCUCCAAGUGUCCCAUCGUAAAGGAUUGCCUCAUGUCAUUUACUGUCGCUUGUGGCGCUGGCCUGACCUUCACAGCCAUCAUGAACUUAAGGCCAUUGAAAACUGUGAAUAUGCUUUUAAUCUUAAAAAGGAUGAAGUGUGUGUAAAUCCUUACCAUUACCAGAGAGUGGAGACUCCAGUUCUGCCUCCUGUUCUGGUACCACGACACACUGAGAUUCUGACUGAACUUCCUCCUCUUGAUGACUACACUCAUUCCAUUCCUGAAAACACUAAUUUUCCAGCAGGAAUUGAACCACAAAGCAAUUACAUACCAGAAACACCACCCCCUGGGUAUAUCAGUGAGGAUGGGGAAACAAGUGACCAGCAGUUGAACCAAAGCAUGGAUACAGGAUCGCCGGCAGAGUUGUCUCCUAGUACACUCUCCCCUGUCAAUCACAGCCUAGACUUGCAGCCGGUUACCUACUCAGAGCCCGCCUUUUGGUGUUCAAUAGCAUAUUAUGAACUAAAUCAGAGAGUGGGUGAAACCUUCCACGCAUCGCAACCUUCGCUCACCGUAGACGGCUUCACGGACCCAUCCAACUCCGAACGAUUCUGCCUAGGUUUGCUCUCCAACGUUAACAGAAACGCCACGGUGGAAAUGACAAGACGGCACAUAGGAAGGGGAGUGCGUCUGUAUUAUAUUGGCGGGGAAGUUUUUGCCGAGUGCUUAAGUGACAGCGCAAUCUUCGUGCAGAGUCCUAACUGUAACCAGAGAUAUGGCUGGCAUCCGGCCACUGUGUGCAAAAUCCCACCAGGUUGCAACCUGAAGAUCUUCAACAACCAGGAAUUUGCUGCUCUUCUGGCUCAAUCUGUGAAUCAGGGCUUCGAAGCCGUAUAUCAGCUCACCCGCAUGUGCACCAUCAGGAUGAGUUUCGUUAAAGGAUGGGGAGCUGAGUACAGGCGUCAAACGGUAACAAGCACUCCUUGUUGGAUCGAGCUGCACCUGAAUGGGCCUCUACAGUGGCUGGAUAAAGUAUUGACUCAGAUGGGUUCCCCCUCAGUGCGUUGCUCUAGCAUGUCGUAAUCUCGGAGGGCUCUGAAGACAGGAAGUCCUGCCAACGGAUCGUUCUGUUGCAGUCAACGCGUGCGUGGUCUCCAUGAACUGUUUUUCCUAUCCAAAAA